CCACGCGGGCGCCAUCGACGUGUACAUCGUGCCGAUGGCCAACCCGGACGGCUACGUGUACUCGUGGGCGUCGAACCGGCUGUGGCGCAAGAACCGGAGGCCGAUCUCCGGCGGCAGCUGCGACGGCGUCGACCUCAACCGCAACUGGGGCUACCAGUUCGGCGUCGGCGCCUCCAGCAACCCCUGCAGCGAGGUGUACAAAGGGCAGUCCACCUUCUCGGAGCCCGAGACGCAGGCGCUGAGGGAUGCCAUGACGGCCGUCGCCAACGGCGGGAACCUGGAGCUGGUGGUGGCCCUGCACAGCUACGGCCAGGUGCUCAUGUACCCGUGGGGGUGGACGGCGGCGGAGGCGCCCGACACGCCCGCCAUGAAGAGGGUCGGGGAGAUGUUCGCCAGCGCAGCCGAGAAGAGCUCCGGCACCGUCUACAGCGUCGUCAACUCCGCCAGCGGCUUCUACUACGCCUCGGGAGCCACCGACGACUGGGCCAAGGGCGUCCUGCAGACCAAGUACGUCUACACGCUCGAACUGCGCGACGAGGGGGCCUUCGGCUUCUACCUGCAGGCGAGCCAGAUCCUGCCCACCGCCGAGGAGGUCUGGCAGGGCCUCCGCAUGAUGUUUCUGGCGCUGACGCCGGAGAAGGCCCCGGCGGGGGCGCACCUGGCUUAGUUUGGCCGAAGAGGGGGAGGAAGCGACGGAAACGAGCAGCGUAAUCGCGCGACAACGCUGGAAGACAAAAAUAAAACGAAAACAAAGAUUGCAAUUAAUAAAAAAAAAAUAAUAAUAAUAAAAAUCCUUACGUUAAAAGAAAAAAAAAAACGGAUGAGUCAGAAACAGAAAACUAAGACUUAGCGACUGCAAGAUGCAACGAACCGCUGCAAUGCCCCAAGGAAACAGCAGGCAUUAUUGAAGGCCUAUUCCUCAAAGUCAGAAUCGCCGCAGGACAGGAAAACAGUCAAUCAAAUUCAACUCGUCUAAAAAUCUGCAAAAUCUGAGAACUUGAUCAAUUCUUUGUUAAAGGUAUGAACUCCAUUUACUCGAACGGGAUUAUUCCUGCCAAGAGCAAAUAAAAAUUUUGUGCCGUU